AUGGCUGAAGAACAUACUUUUCCAACAGAGAAUUUAAAUCUACCUGAUAUGGAUUCACAAUUAGCAUUGUUAUUACAACCACAAGAAUUUCCAAUAAAUUCACCAAAUAACCUUUCAAAUCAUCUCUUGAAUUUGUCAAAUGAUGAACGUGCAAAGAAAAAAGCACAAAAUAGAGCUGCUCAAAGAGCCUUUAGAGAAAGAAAAAUGGCUAGAAUGAAAGAUUUACAAAAUAAACUAUCAGAAAGUGAAUUUGAAAGAAUUAACCUAUUAAAAGAAAUCAAUCAAUUAAAAUUAUUAAAUAAAGAAAUUUUCACCGAAAAUGAUUUCUUGAAAAAGCAACAAUUUAAUAUUAAUAAGAAAAAUGCAAAUACAAUGACUCAAAGUUUGUCACCAACGUCACCAAAUUUAUCAGAAUUCGAAAAUUCUUAUCAAUCGACGUCACCAAAAUCGUUUUCAUUCCCAACAAAGGAUAGUUUCUUCAAGAGCUUAAUGGUUGAUCAAUUUGGUGAAGAGUUUAUUCAACAAAGAUAUCCUAAUGAUAUGACUUAUUCAGGUGUCCAAUUAUUAACUGUACCGGCUACUUGGGAAUAUUUACAAAAAAUUACUGAACAUAAUAAUGAUAUUGAAUUCGAUAUGAUUAUGGUAAUGAACAAUUUAAAGAGGAACCACGUUUGUGCAGAAGAAGGUCCAUCGUAUCCAAUCUAUUUAAUAAAUGAAAUGAUUGUACAGGCAAUUGAGGCAUCAUCAUCAUCAUCAUCAUAA